CCAAGAUUCAAGAUGAAAUAACAAAAUUAAAUGUUGAUUCGAUGGAUUACCAUAACAAGAUCGAAGAACUCAAUUCGAGACAAGAUAAAGUUAUCAAUGAUUUAUAUGAAGAAGAGAGGGUUGAAAAACUUUUUAAGGAGUAUAAUAAGGAACAUAAUAACAAGCCGGUAUCGUAUAGUAUCAAAGAUAAGAAGAAAUUUCAAGGUACGGAGGUAAUCGACCCAGAGACCGGGUAUUACAUGGAUCCUAUUUAUGUACUUGAUUUUGCAAGUUUGUACCUGUUGAUAAUGCGUGAAUACAACAUGGGACCCGAUACGUUUAGGUAUGAAAAGCCUAAUGAGAAAUAUCAAGUGGUAUAUCUCAUAGACAAUAACGUGGGAACAAAUCAGGAUAUAUACUUUAUCCAUGAGGAUACCCAAGAAAGCAUCAUACAAAACAUUCUCACGGAUCUGAUAAAAAAGAGAAAAGAAGCCAAGAAAGAGUGUGACAAGUAUAUUGGGAUUAAUGAUGUGAUGUAUAAUAUACUAGAUCAAAAGCAACUUGCGUAUAAAGCAUCGGCAAAUGCAUUAUACAGAGGUCUAGAUUCACCAUAUCUCGGUAUUGCUGUACCAGUGAUAUCACAGUGUGUGACCUUUGUUGCUCAGGAAAUGAUAAAAACUUUAAAAAAAUUUAUAGAAUCGUAUCACACCGGGGAAUAUAGAGAUGACCAGAACGUGAUUUGUGACAAAACCAGUGAGGUAAUCUAUAGAGACACAGAUUCUUGCCUAGCACGAUUACCAAAGCAUAUCUUACAUUGUAUACUUGAAAAGUACUACGGUCAUUUAAAAUAUAUCGAGUUAAAUAAUGGUUUGGUAAAGGAAUAUGAAGAACUUAUAUUCAAAAUGUACGAUGAGCUUACCAAAGAGGGAAGUAUAUUUGGUAAAAAAGUAUGUGAUGCAUUCAACGUAUUUAACCGUGAUCGUGGAAUUAAAAUAGUUACAUUGGAAUAUGAAAAACUUUUAUUUGAUUUGAUGCGAAAUAACAAGAAAUGCUAUGCGGGUUAUAAAUUUGAAUUGCAAAGCAAUGGAGAACCUCCAGAUUACUUUUUUUCAGAAAUAUUUUCUG